AUGGCCACACCGUGCCGCCUUAUCUUUGCUGUGGCGGUAUGCCGCGUCUACACGCAGCCCGCACCGGAUGAGCCCGGCUGCGAAUUGGAAGAGGGUUGCACUGCAUCCUUCCUGCAGACUACCAGGAGCUUGAAGGCUUCGGUGGCAGAGAAAUGUGGCCAUCUGACUAAUGGCAUCGGCGACCCGACGACGUUCUUCAACAACAACUGCAAGUAUCACAGCCGUCAGGAAGAUUGCAUGAGACCGAUACAGGACGUCAUGGCCGAGCAUGAGAUUGACGGCUAUUGCUAUUUCAAUGCUACGGCCAUGUACAUCAGCUAUGUUCCCGACGAUGUGUCCUUCGUGGAAGCUGCGGCAGCUGCCAUUCUAAGCCUGCGCGCGACUUCUAGCAGCCCCGGCGAGACCUAUCGAGGUGAAAGCACUGGCCCGGAGGCCGUUUACAACUUUGAAGGCAAAGCCAUUUAUACCCAUAUUGAUGUCAGUCACUACGUUUAUGACGACUUGUAUGCUUACUCUCUCGGCUUCUUGCAGGGACAAGGCAUUGACGUCAGGCUCAUGGACAACAGUUCUGCUUGGGAGGCACUGUCACGAGAGAAGUGCGAUGAGAUCCAGGCCAUGUACAACUUCACACGAGAUGAUAUGAUUCUGAAUGAGGUGCUGGAUAUGAACAUGCCGAUUUUGGCAAUGAGCUACUGCGCGGCGAACAUAGAGCUUCCCAGUUUCCUGCAAGUUCCCUACGUUACAGAGAAGUCAAACUACACGAGCAAGCUUGACUGCUCCCCAAUCACCAGGAGAGAAUUCGCCCGGCACCACUACAUGAAGUGCUUGCUUGGAUACAGGAACUCGGCGAUGGACAUGGCCUAUUUGGUCUCCCGCGCCUGCCUCUUGGACGAUGGGACGAGCAAUCUCAAGAUUGGCCAUCUCAGUGAGUGUCCAUACGCACCCCCUCUGGCAUAG